GCCCGGCUGAGCGAAAGUCCUAGUGGAGCCGCUGGGCGCGCUACUCCUGCUGAUCCCCGGGCUAGUCGUGGCUCCUAGAACGCGGUGCAGGUGUCUAGACACCUGUUGACCUUGGCCCCCAAAUCGGUGAGCCCGAGCUCGGCAGCACAGGGCACCCGGCAAGACCGGCCGCCCCGGCCAGGACCCACGUUUUUCUACAUAGGUUCUGAUGCUGGUCUCCUGUAGAAGGUUGCUCACAACUCUGCUGCACGCUCAGAAGUGGCCCUUUCAACCCUCCAGAAGUAUGAGACUGGUGCAGUUCCAGGCACCCCACUUGACGGGACCUCACCUGGGCUUGGAGUCAGGGAAUGGCGGGGGCGUCAUCAACCUCAACACCUUUGACCCCACACUGCCCAAGACGAUGAUGGAGUUCCUAGAGCAGGGAGAGGCCACUCUCUCAGUGGCAAGAAGAGCCCUGACUGCCCAGUUGCCAGUCUUACCACGGUCAGAGGUGACCUUCCUGGCCCCAGUCACAAGGCCAGACAAGGUGGUGUGUGUGGGAAUGAAUUAUGUGGACCACUGCAAAGAGCAGAACGUUCCAGUGCCGAAGGAGCCCAUCAUCUUCAGCAAGUUUGCCAGCUCCAUUGUGGGGCCCUACGACGAGGUCAUCCUCCCCCCAGAGAGCCAGGAGGUGGACUGGGAGGUAGAGCUGGCCGUAGUCAUUGGAAAGAAAGGCAAGCGCAUCAAGGCCACAGAUGCCAUGGCUCAUGUGGCCGGCUUCACUGUGGCUCAUGAUGUAAGUGCUCGUGACUGGCAAAUGAGACGCAAUGGAAAGCAGUGGCUGCUGGGAAAAACCUUUGACACCUUCUGCCCCCUGGGCCCUGCCUUGGUGACCAAGGACAGUAUAGCAGAGAGCAAGUUUCAACCUAGGCCACAAGUUCAACAGGCCUUCUUCCACAUCCCUUACUGCAGAGGUGGGAGAACUUCCUCUGUCACUAUCCAUCCACACAACUUAAAGAUCUGCUGCCGAGUGAACGGGGAGGUGGUCCAGAGCAGCAAUACCAACCAGAUGGUGUUUAAGACGGAAGAGCUGAUAGCCUGGAUCUCCCAGUUCGUUACUCUUUACCCAGGGGAUGUCAUCCUUACUGGGACCCCCCCAGGUGUUGGUGUCUUCAGGAAACCUCCAGUCUUUCUCAAGAAGGGGGAUGAAGUCCAGUGUGAAAUUGAAGAACUAGGCAUCAUCAUCAACAAGGUGGUGUGAGGGCUCUCCACACAGGCCUGGGACUUAAGAGGUGGGACAUCCAUUCUCUCCCAGUGCCAGCAGCCUCUUCCAGGUAGAGUGAGAGGAGAGGAAGCUUACUCUCCUCAUCAAUAAAAUUCUCAGCCAAAACAGCCA